UCGACAACCAUCAUUUUGUUGAUUUAAAUGUGACUUAAAAACGAGAUGAAAUCGAAAUUUGUAUUUAGAUUUCUUAUCAUAUUGAUAUGUUAUACAUCUCUACUUAAUUGGAAUGCCAUGGGAGCCCCAUUUGGAAGAAGCAGUCAAAUUGAUCCGACAAGCAAACGGAAACCUGACAUAAUAGCUGGUAAAGAUUUUCUGUCAUUAUUUAUGGCAGCUGCUUCACCUUCUGCGAAAGAUAUAAAUGAAUUAGAAAAUACAUCAACAAUUCGAAUCAGCUCAAAGUCGACAACAAUCGAUUCUUUUGAAGAUGAUGUAACAGUUACUACCAUAUAUGAAGGGGACAUUUCCAAUGCAAGCACAACGACGAAACACAGUGACCAAAUUAUCACAACAUCAACACAAGCAAUACACCAAGAUGAAAAAAAUGAUUUGAUAACCGAAGAAAGUGAACAACAACAGACAGUUAUUCGAGAUUCGCGUAGUAGUAAUAUUUACUCAUAUGGCUAUAAAAAUAGAAAUGUUGAAGAAUACGAAGACAAUGAACAUCCUUAUUAUCCAGCUUUACCAGAAAGUGACGAAAUAGCAAUUAAUACUUCAGCGCCAGCUCAAGUUUUAUCAAUUCGUGUAUCGUCAUCUGUCGGACAAUCUCCAUCACCAACUAAGCUUAGAAUUGAAACAUCAACACGAUCUCAAUAUGAUAAUUAUCAACAGCGACCCUCAUCUGAAACGCCCGAGAAACUAAUGCUUUCCGAACAAGAAAACGAUGGAGCCCACAUUGCUGCCGCUGCAAGCAAAAGUAUAUUAAAUAUUGAUGAAAUGGAACCAAUGACAAUUGAUGAUAAUAAUCCAAUCAAGGAAUUACACAAUACAUUUAAAGAAACACAACGACAAAUUGGGGCAAAUCCCGAUUAUUUGGAGCAACAACGUUUUAAGCAAAUUCAAAAAUUACAUCCUGUUCAACAUCAUCAUCCUUAUCACCAUUCGGUUGUAUUUCACGGUCAAUCAAAAGAUGGUACUCGAGCUCGAUCCGUGUCAUACAGUUCAGUAAUUCAAAAUAUUCAUCCAGCAGCAGCUGAACGAAAUUGGGAACAAGCAGAAUCAAUUGAGCGCCCAACAUAUUUACAAAAUUCACACUCUGUUCUUAAUAAAGAUUUUCAAUCUUUAAAGAUUGUUAGUACAUCCUCACCAACACCAAGCUAUCCACAAUGGGGAAGGUUGGAAAAGGAAGUCAAAAAUCUAGAAAAAUCUGAUAGUACGUCGGUUUUGCCAAUUGUUUAUCAACAACCAGAAGUUCAAUGGGGUCAACCAGAACGUAAUCAUGAAAGAGAAACAACAAAAUUUCAAAAUACCCCAACAUCGUCUCCAAGUUACCAACAACAAGAAGUACAAUGGGGUCAACCAGAAGUUAAUUACGAACAGAGUUAUGUUCCGCCCACUCCCACGCCUACAUACUCUCCUCCUCCUGUGUACGCGACUGAAGAACAAAAUUAUGAAGUAGACGAAUCUGUAAGUGUAAUGACAAAUGGUCGGACUCAUGGUAUCCAAGAGCGACCACCGCAACCAAUUAUACCUUUGCAACAAGGGCAGCAACAAUCAUCAGAUUCUCAAUCUCCACAACAAGGAGACGAUCAACAAUCAGGAGUGCCAUCUGGUGAUAAGACUGAUAAUAAUCACAAAGUGGGUUAUGUAGUUGAAGGAAGAAAUUUUCGUAAAUAUCGUGUAGAGGAACGCACUUCAGAUGGUUUUGUUGUUGGGGAAUAUGGUGUUGUAAACCAUGAUGAUGGAAGUUUAAGAGGUGUACGUUAUACCGCUGAUGGAACAAUCAAUCCUAGAUUAAUUUAUGAUGCGCUUAUGAAGUUUUUAUCGUUGUAAAUUUCUUUUUUUAUAUUAUUAAAAAAUUGCCAUUAUUGUAAAUGUUAUUAAAAUACUUAAUAGGUUGCUCAAAUGAACAAUACUUAUCAAAUUAAGAUUGUAAAUAAUGUACAAUGUUGACAUAUCGUGUUUGAUCGUUUUUACAUCUCAGCUAAGUUUAUAAUCAGUAUAUCUCCCGUUACUUUGAUGGAAUAUUACAUAAUACAACGUUCAUUUAGAAAAUAGUGCCUUUAUUAAGCUAAUUUGAAAAAAUAAAUUAAAGAAACUGAUUCAACUGUUUUGGUUUAUUUGGUUUGCUCCACUUCCUUAUUAUUUAUUUUAUUGAAGUGAAAACUUCUUUUAGCACGUAGAACACUUUUUGGGUGAACAAAAAUCAUGGAACUCGUGUUAUCGCGUGUUUGUAAUUGAACCCCUCCUAAACCAAAUGUUUCUGAGAGCUCGGCACCAAGAAAUUAAAACGAAAUAAAUGGUGGAAAUGCAUAUAAAUAAUAUAUUGCAUUACAUCUUAGGGGUCAUUCAUUAAUUAGGUAAGCAUUGAGGGGGGGGGGGGGUAAGUCUAUUAA